CCGUAAGAGACUUAGUUUAUAAGAUACACGUCUGUGUCUAAAAGUGAGAGCCAAAGAACAAUGGCAGAUCCAACAAUUCAAACUUUUUGUUGUCGGCAUACGAAUAACACUGAUAUGGGAGUAAUUAUUAUGCAAGAAUUCAAUACAGAUGUUUAUAAUACUGUUUGUAUGUUUUCAUCUGCCAUGGGAAUAUUUGGAGCGGUUUAUCAGAUUCUGCCAAGAGAAGAAGCAUCACAUCAACAUCGUUGGCAAAGUUUUUCAUCUUCUCGUGGACGUCAAAUUAUUAUUUGGCUUGCAAUUUCUGACUUAUUUGCAUCGUUAGGAGUAUUUAUCAGAUCUGCACUUUGGAUAAAUAAUAAAACAAUAAUCCCAACCGAAACAGAUACUAAGAGUGUAGUUUUUUGUACAAUUUCAUCGGCUUGGAUACAAUACUUUUAUAUGUCCACAUGGAUAUGGACCCUUUGCUAUGCUAUUGAUAUGAGACUUCUUCUAGGAGAAAAAACAGGAAAACCAAUCUGGUAUCAUGCAGCUGCUUGGGCUUGUCCGGCAAUUCUUACGACAUUUGGUUUGGCUAUUCUUUAUAUUCCAGAUGCAAACUGUCAUGAGUCAGUGUCAAUGAACCUAGCAAUUUUCCGGAUUCUUCCUAAUUAUUGUGCUACGUAUGUUCUUCUAACAGCUGUUAUGAUUGUGAAUCCUUUAUUAUAUCUCGCCUCAACGAAAGAUCUACAAAAUGCGGUGACUUGUAGUCUUGCUCAAGUGACUGGCAGAGAAAGAAAACUCGUUCAAACAAUUAAAGUGAAGUUUGCUUUAACGAAUCUUGUGUAUUACAUUUGUUGGAUUCCUAAUUUAAUCAAUGGAAUUUUAUUGUGGACGUUAUGGUUUCAUUUGCCAGUGAAAGUUAUUAUUACUUUAUGGUAUAUAAUGGCCGUUACAAAUCCUCUUCAGGCGUUUUUUAAUGCUCUAGUGUAUCAGAGAUGGAACCGAAAAGAAAAAUUUGCAUUUUGGUGUAAAAAAUUGUGGAGAUUUAGAAGAGGAAAUUCGACAAAUAAUUCUAGUAAUGAAAUGGAUGAAGUCACACCAUUAUUAACUCCACAUUACGAAUAUUAUACACCCCACACAAGUAUCAAUGGUUCUUCAUCAAUUUAAAAACUGUGAUAUUUUAAACAUAAAUCACAAAAUAUUUUUUAUCAAAUUAGUAUAUAUAAGAAGGCAACGCUUUAAAAUUGUUUAAAUAUAACAAAUUUAUAUUUUUUAUUGUAUUUUUCAUAGAUCCAUUAUUCAUUCAAAUUUUUCUAUUAU